CAGGCUGUCGCGGGAACGCCUCGUAGCUGACCUCAAGCAUCACACGCUGCUGAGGAUCCAUGUACCGAACCUCAGACGGAGACACGCUGAAGAAGCUGUGGUCGAACGACAUGACAUUGCCAUCCGACGGCAGGAAGGCGCCCUCGCGGACGUAGCACUUGCCAGGCGCGUCCGGAUCGGCGUCAUACAUGGCCUCCAUGUUCCAUCGAGACAAAGGCACCUCACCCAUGCAGUCCAUGCCCUCACUCAGCAUCUGCCACAAGCCACCCAGACACAUACUCCCGCCGGGCAGACGGCAAGCGGUGCCGACCACGGCCAGAUCAACCGAUGACGGGCCGGUAGCAAGCUGGGGACCCACCAGCCGGGAGGCAUCAGACGAUGCCUGAGAGGCAGGGUGGUCUGACCCUUGGCCCUUGACGCUGCGCUGGACCUCACCGAAGAUGAACUCGAUGAUGGCUCCGAGGGUGGGGUAGUCGAAGAGCGUCGUGGCGGGGAGCCUGACGCCCAGCUUGUUGGACAAGGCGUUGCGGAACUCGACGGCUCCCAGCGAGUCGAUGCCCAGCUCCUGCAGCGGCGCGUCAAGGGGAGGGAGAUCGGUCUCGGCCACGUGGCCGAGGACUUCGGUGGGCGUUUCCAACACGGUGGCCUUGACGAAGGCCCGCAGGUCGUCUGCGGUCAUGCUCCUGAGCUUGUUGCGCAGCUCACUGUCCAUGAGCAUACUGGCGUCGCCGGUGCCAGACGAGGGCGAGAUGUUGUCGAAGAAUGCAGGCACGAGCUCAUAGCGACGAAGGAAGACAUUCCAGUCGCCGAAGGGCUGGCACCCCACCACGCUGCUGGUAGUGCUGUGGGUGGUGGUGUUGACGAGGCAGAGGUCAUUGAGCACCCGAAGGCCCAGGUCGUUGGUG